AUGGGUCAAGCUCCCUCCGGCGGAGCACCCGGUCGCGGAGGCAAAGACAACAAGAAAGACCAGCAGAAGAAAUGGGAGCCACCCCUCCCAACACGUGUCGGUAAGAAGAAGAAGCGCGGCCCCGACUCUUCUUCCAAGCUUCCCGCCGUCUACCCCAACACACGGUGCAGGUUGAAGCUGCUCAAGCUCGAACGCAUCAAGGAUCACCUUUUGCUCGAGGAGGAGUUUGUACAGAAUCAGGAGCGACUCAAGCCGCAGGAGGACAAGGAUGCGGAGGAACGUACUAGGGUGGACGACCUCAGAGGUAGUCCCAUGGCCGUGGGGACGUUGGAGGAGAUCAUCGACGACGAGCACGCCAUCGUCAGCAGCUCUACGGGUCCAGAGUACUACGUUAGCAUCAUGAGCUUUGUCGACAAGGAUCUGCUCGAACCGGGAUGCAGUGUCUUGCUUCAUCACAAGGCCAUGGCAAUCGUGGGUGUGCUGUCGGACGAUGCCGACCCCAUGGUCAGCGUCAUGAAGCUCGACAAGGCUCCUUCCGAGAGCUAUGCGGACAUCGGUGGUCUCGAGACGCAAAUUCAGGAAAUCAAGGAAGCCGUCGAACUGCCGCUCACGCAUCCAGAGCUGUACGAAGAGAUGGGCAUCCGCCCGCCCAAAGGUGUCAUCCUCUACGGUGUACCAGGCACCGGCAAGACGCUUCUCGCCAAAGCGGUCGCCAACCAGACGUCCGCCACCUUCCUACGAGUCGUCGGCUCCGAACUCAUCCAAAAGUACCUCGGCGACGGUCCCAAGCUCGUCCGCGAACUCUUCCGCGUCGCCGACGAGCACGCACCCAGCAUCGUCUUCAUUGAUGAGAUCGACGCGGUCGGAACAAAGCGCUACGACUCCAACUCGGGCGGAGAACGCGAGAUCCAACGCACCCUGCUCGAACUGCUCAACCAGCUCGACGGCUUCGACACCCGACACGACGUCAAGGUCAUCAUGGCCACCAACCGCAUCGAGUCGCUCGACCCUGCCCUCAUCCGUCCGGGACGUAUCGACCGCAAGAUUGAGUUCCCGCUGCCAGACUCCAAGACCAAGAUGCACAUCUUUAAGCUCCACACUUCGCGCAUGAACCUCGACGCGGAUGUGGAUCUGGAGGAGUUUGUCGCCAUGAAGGAUGAUCUUUCGGGCGCCGAUAUCAAGUCAUUGGUCACCGAGGCUGGGUUGUUGGCGUUGAGGGAGAGACGUAUGCGCGUGACCAAGAAGGACUUUACUACGGCGAGGGAGCGUGUGAUUGACAGGAAGAACGAGGGCACUCCUGAGGGUCUUUAUCUGUAG